UGUUCUGCAAGCCGGCGAAUUCACGAGAAAAACGACUUGAGACUGGUGUUUUCUGGUGCUAGGUGUAGCAUGCGUUUUCAAUGAAAGUGUGUGUUUGCAAGUGGUUAAUUUCUUUGAGUAUUCUUUAUUUCGUGUUGCUUUACAUGCGUUAGAAGAACAGUAAGCUGAGAGAUGUUUGCCUCAGCCACCAGAAACUUUGUGGAGGAGGUGGAUCCUGGAGGUUUGCUGAUCCCAGUGUCCAGCCUGAACGACACCAUUGACCUCCUGACGGUGGUGGUGAAGCAUAAGCGUUUCUGGUUCUGGCAGAAACCAAAGUAUAAACUUUCUGAUUUUAAUUUAAACGAUAUACUAACAGGAGACACACCUAUAAAACCUGGUGUCACUGUGUCAGACUUCAUCACAUACAUUGGGACAUACGGUGACAACUUUCAGGGUUGCAUAGGACUAUCAGCAAACUCAGCCAAUACCAAUGCCAAUUUGAACCUGGAGGGUAAAGAGUCAUCCAAACUCCAGUCCUCCUUUGGAAGUUUAAAGAAGGAGGAAGUGGAUGUGAAGAAACUGCUGUGUGACUCCAAAACCAGGGUCCUGGAUAUGUCCCAUUCCCUGAUCCAGCAGGUGAAGGAGAAGCAGAGGCGGGUGUUUGGGAUUGUGAAGGAGCGGAUUGUGACCACUCAGCCCUGUUCGGUCAUAGAGGAGGUGCAGCAGGGAGCUCAGUGUGCAGGAGGACUGAGCAUCUGUGGUCCGCAGAGCUUAAAGGUGUCGUUGAAAGAGAAUGGGAGCUUGAGUAAAGACAGUAACAUCAGCAUGGAGAUUCCCAUCCAUACUACCAUCGCCUAUGCUCUCAUAGAGCUGGAAAUCAAACAGAAUGGACGUUAUGGGCUGUGUCUGAUGUCAGACACCAAUGGGGGUUUUGAAGCCGAUGGCCCUGGAGACUCUUAUUCUACCCACCUUAGACAAGAGCUGGAGGAACUGAGUGAACAUUUCCAGGUGCUUUCUAAUCUUCCUGCCACCACAAGGUCAACUCUGUUCCUCCAAAUCACAAAGGUUAUGAGUGACCCAGGGGCCUUCAGUGUACUGCAGGAUGUGCUGGACAAGAUGUGCCAGGAUGAGAAACCUGCUGUGGGUGAUAUAACAGCGACAGAGGCCCAGAAACAGAAGAUCCAAGCCAUUCUGGAGCUUUUGGAGCAGGAUGGUGAAGAGUCCCCACAAGUCCUUCCAGCCCUUUACCUUGUCACUUGCGCCAUUGAUGAGCUUACAAAUGAUUGUCUUGCUUUCUUGGGAAUGUGCUGCAGCCUCUCAAUGUUACAGUCUCUGGAGCUACUGAUUCAGUGUGCAUCGGGGAAGGGGGAGUUGCCUCUGAACAGCGCAGGCCUAGCUGCACUGACAGAAGACAACUUUGAAAAGGCUGAACAUCUGUUUGCCGCCUCCAAUGUGUCCCUGAAGAGAGACGGGGACACAGUGAAGACAGAAAUAAAACCCCAGCCAGGACAGCUCCCUCUGGUCCUGUGUAUCGCCGUCAGAGGUCUCUUCUCCUUGGCCCGCUGUGAUUAACUAAAGUCCUUUAUAUCCACCGGAAGCUAACACUACACUGGACAGAGGUUAGGGUCAUCAAGUAGAUCAAGUGUUAUUAGUCAGUGUUUUUUCACCUCUUGUUGGUGCUGUAGAACUUCCCAUUUAAUAUAAUGUUCUAAAUAUAACGGUGCCAAAACAGUUAGUCAUGUAAAGCUUUAGUUCAUCUAUGAUGACACAUCUUCGAUUUGACAAUCUAUUACUUGAGGUCGUGGAUUGUCAAAAAAA